ACAUGGGUGAGAGGGGGCUGGGGGCAUGGAAAAGAUAUAAACCUGCUUAGCAAAAGCUAGCCACCCCCUCUCCUGACUCCUACCUAAACACCCACCCCCAAUCUGGCUUUUUUCCUGUUAUUUUUAUUUUUAUUUUUUUACUCUGGAAAAGCCAGUGCCCAUUUCCUAGGAGAGACGAUCAUUACCUAGGUGGAUGAGUAAAGGGAGGCCAGUGGAUUUGUGUUUGAUCUCCCCCCUCAUCCCUCCCCUCGAUCUACCACCCAGGACACACGGCUAUCCAGGGCCCUGGAGCUUCUCAGGAAGAGGCCUCUGUGAGUGAUCCUGUCCCCAAGAUCCAGCUGCAUGGAACGGCUGCAGAAGCAACCGCUCACCUCCCCUGGGAGCGUGAGCUCCUCUCGAGACUCCAGUGUGCCUGGCUCUCCCUCCAGCAUUGUGGCCAAGAUGGAUAAUCAGGUGCUGGGCUACAAGGACUUGGCGGCCAUCCCCAAGGAUAAGGCCAUCCUGGACAUUGAACGACCAGACUUGAUGAUCUAUGAACCACACUUUACAUACUCCCUCCUGGACCAUGUGGAGCUGCCUCGAAGCAGAGAGCGCUCUCUGUCACCCAAAUCCACCUCUCCCCCACCAUCCCCAGAGGUGGUAUGGCCAGAAAGCAGGUCACCAGGGACCAUAUCUCAGACCCCUGCACCCAGGACUAGUGGGACCCCCCGGAGCAGCCUGCCUCAUUUCCAUCGACCUGAGACCACACGUGCAGAGUUUAACAUUUACAAGAAACCCCCCAUCUACAAGCAGAGAGAACCUGUGGGAACAAGUCCCCAGAGCAAGCACCCCAUUGAGGACCUCAUCAUCGAGUCAUCCAAAUUCCCAGCAGCCCAGCCCCCAGACCCCAACCAGCCGGCUAAGAUCGAAACUGACUACUGGCCAUGUCCACCAUCUCUGGCUGUUGUAGAGACAGAAUGGAGGAAGCGGAAGGCAUCACGGAGAGGAGCAGAAGAGGAGGAGGAGGAGGAGGAAGAUGAUGACUCAGGGGAAGACAUCAAGGCUCUAAGGGAGCGGCAGAGAGAGGAACUCAGUAAGGUCACCUCCAACUUGGGAAAGAUGAUCCUGAAGGAGGAGAUGGAGAAAUCCUUACCCAUUCGUAGGAAAACCCGCUCCCUGCCUGACCGAACACCCUUCCAUACUUCCUUGCAUGCAGGAACAUCCAAGUCUUCCUCACUCCCAGCCUAUGGCCGGACCACUCUCAGCCGGCUACAGUCCACAGAAUUCAGUCCAUCACAGAGUGAAGCAGGAAGUCCAGGCCUGCAGAAUGGAGAGGGCCAGAGGGGGAGGAUGGAUCGGGGAAACUCCCUGCCUUGUGUGCUGGAGCAGAAGCAGAUUUAUCCCUAUGAGAUGUUGGUGGUGACCAACAAGGGACGUUCCAAGCUGCCUCCGGGUGUGGACAGGAUGAGGCUUGAGAGACACCUAUCAGCAGAAGACUUCUCAAGGGUAUUUGCCAUGUCUCCCGAGGAAUUUGGCAAGCUGGCUCUAUGGAAACGCAAUGAACUCAAGAAGAAGGCCUCCCUCUUCUGAUUGCCCUCACCCUCUCUUUGACCCAGCCCCAAACACCUGCUUCAGGGCUUUGGACAUAGGAGUUGUGAGAUCCCAAAGUACCUUCUUUCCCUGCUGAGUGGGAGCUGCCACCUCUUAGGGAAGUGGAGGGGUGGGGUGAAGAAGAGGUAGACACGGUACCCUAGGGCAGAGGGAAGAAGAUGGGAAAGGCUAAGACCUCUCUAGGUCAUGGGCCUAGGGACCAGAGACUUUCUCUCACCCAGUGAUGGUUCUAGGUUGACCUUAGCUCCUUUCAUCACUCCUACUUUCCCACCACACAAGGCAGACAUAGGGUACACCCUGGUACAAAAAGGGUUAGUGUUUGCCCUGGUUGAGGGCCCAGCCUCCACUCCCCUCCCCACAUCCAGGUAUCAAAGGCUUAAUAUUUGCUUGAAUCAGGUACUAAGAAGUGGGCUAAAAGAAGGAGGGUGAGGGAUGCAAGAACAGAGAAGGUAGAAGGCAAACUCCGAUACCUCCAGGAUUCUUAAUGUGGUGUCUACAAGCACUCUCCAGACUCUGACAGUUUCCCUUCCACUGGGACUCCCUUAGAGGCUGCUGGAGUCCUAACCCCAAGCUGGGGAGCUUUCUUCUAGCUCAGUCUGUUCCUUUCCCCACUACCCCAAGCUCUGGAGCCUCUUGUUACAGCUCUUUGGCUUCCUCUGAUGCCCCAGGUUAGCUGGGGAUAUUCUGAACACAACCUCUCACUCCAUCAACAGCCUCAGGUCAGAGCCUGAUAGAAUUCUGGUUUCUGGCACCAACCCAGCCACUUGGGACAUGCUCCAGGGAAGCUUCCACAUGUCCCUGCUCCCAGGCCUCUUACAGCCACCCACUCAUCCCACACUGAGCUCUUAAAAGAAUGUAAUUUAUUGGGGCACCCCUAGCUGCUCUCCCCACCUAAUCUACCACCUGUCCCCAUCCUCAUGACCACCCUACACAAAACUCCUGCCUCCUCAUCUCUACAAAUUAUAUAUAUGUAUAUAUAUUUUUUUCUGCUCGGGCCUGGGCUCUCUUCCUCCCCAGAUUGUGGCACCCUUGACCACUCUGCGUGAUAAUGCUGGGGAUGGUGGAGGGAGAGAGGGAGAGGGAACUCUGAUUGGAAUUAAAUGACUGGAUCAGGC